AUGGAUUAUAGCUUUGAUAACGUAGUACCAUCAUUUCGUCUUGAUGGUAGAUUAGUAUUAAUCACUGGAGGUUCUGGAGGUUUAGCCAGUGUUAUUUCCAGAGCUUUGUUAGCUCAAGGAGCCGACAUUGCCUUAAUCGAUAUGAAUCUCGAAAGAACCAAAAUUUCAGCUAAAGAAGUUGUAGCUUGGGGUGAAGAAACCAUGAAAUCUAAUCCUAUUUCUUAUCCUACCGGUAAAUUAGGUAUGGUAUCAGCAUGGUCAUGUAACAUUGGUGAUGCUUCUUCAGUUGAUGAAACUUUUGAAGCUAUUAACCAACAUCAUGGUAAAAUUGCUGAUGUUUUAAUUAACACUGCCGGGUAUGCUGAAAAUUUCCCAGCUGAAGAAUAUCCAGCUCAAAAUGCUGAAGCUAUCAUGAAAGUCAAUGGGUUAGGAUCUUUCUAUGUAUCACAAAGUUUUGCUAAACCUUUAAUCAAAAAUAACUUGAAGGGAUCAAUUAUCUUGAUUGGUUCAAUGUCAGGUACUAUUGUUAAUGAUCCUCAACCUCAAUGUAUGUAUAACAUGUCCAAAGCUGGAGUUAUUCAUUUAGUUAGAUCAUUAGCUUGUGAAUGGGCUAAAUACAAUAUUAGAGUCAAUACUUUAUCACCAGGAUAUAUCAAAACUCCAUUAACUGUUAGAGUAGCAGCUCAUGAUCCUGAAUUAAAGGAUAACUGGGAAUCCAAAAUCCCAAUGAAGAGAAUGGCUGAACCUAAAGAAUUUGUAGGUUCUAUUUUAUACUUGGCCAGUGAGAGUGCAAGUAGUUAUACUACAGGUCAUAAUUUAGUUGUUGAUGGAGGUUACGAAUGUUGGUAA